GUAAAAAACUCUUGAAUCGUCUCGUUGAUGCUGGUAUUAACUGCACAUAUGCUUUUCUUCAUGCUGUUGGAUUUGCGAUGAGGGAUGUUUCAAAAGUUUUUUUGGGAGCGCAUGCUUUCAUGUCGAAUGGUGCUCUUUAUUCGCGUGUAGGCACUGCAAUGGUCGCAAUGAUGGCAAAGGAAAAGAACAUUCCAGUUAUUAUUUGCUGUGAGACUUAUAAGUUUACAGAUAAGGUUCAAUUAGAUUCUUUUGUAAUGAAUGAACAAGGUAAUCCUAAUGAUAUGGUAAAUAUUUCUACUACCUCAACUCCAAAGCCUGGGUUGCUGUCUGAGUGGCUAAAUAAGCCAGAUUUGAAACUGUUAAAUUUAUUGUACGAUUUAACACCUUCAAAAUAUAUUACAACCGUUAUAACGGAGGUUGGAAUGAUCCCGUGUACUAGUGUGCCAGUG